ACCAGUCAUAAUUUGGAAGCCUUCAGUCUACUAAAUUAUCACAAUAAUUUUGCCAAAAUCUGAUUGCGGUAAUGGCUAGUUUGACAUCAGCUGUUGAUGAAAACCCAGAUGUUUAUGAGGAUAGAUUCAAUACUAUUGUAUAUAAUGGCGUUGUGGCCCUUGGUAUAGGCCUUGGACAGAGAGUUGGAUUAUUCAAAGCUCUUACUGACUUGUCUGGCCCACAUACAUCGCAAAGAAUUGCAGAUAACGCUGGAUUGCACGAAAGAUAUGUGAGGGAGUGGUUGUUUUCCAUGGUUGCCGCUAAAGUAGUCUUUGUAACAGAGGACAACAAAUACUUCAUACCAGCCGAAUGUAAAACGAAGACAUCAAAAAGCUUAUAUGCGACAAUGUUGCCCGCCAUUGCUCCACUGACAAAGGAUGUAGAAAAAUGCUUCAGGUCGAAAGACCCCUCAUCGGCUGGGUAUGACUUUUCAAAGCUUGGAGAAGCAUUCGAUUUUAUGAAUAAAGAUGGAGAUAGUUAUGAUGGCAAAUGGUUAGAAGAUAAUCUACUUCCCGCUAAAUACAAAAGCAAAGAUCUCUUUUUAUUUACAUCUGCAUCUGUUUUACUUUCAGAUAAAAUCAAGACAAUUCUAGACAUUGGUUGUGGGGUUGGUAAGCUAACUGCAAGCAUAGCUAACUAUUUUCCGGAUGCUAAAGUUGUUGGAAUUGAUGUAGACCAUUAUGCGAUUGAAACUGCUAUUAAACUGAAAGAAGAUAAACAUUUGACCAACGUUGAAUUCUAUCUUCUAGGGGCAGACAAUUUAAAAAAAGAAUGGACAAAAGGUUUCGAUUGGAUAAUAAUGUUUAGAGUUUUCCACGAUUUACCCAACCCGGAUCCAUGCCUUAGAGAAUCUAUACGUGUAAUGAAAGAUGAUGGUGUAAUGACAUUUCUUGAUAAUCUGGGUCACUCGAAUUCGAAACUAAAUGUUGGAAACAAACCCCUUGCAGCAACGUUGAUGGUGAGCUGUUACAUGUGCCUUCCUUGCAGUUUAUCAGCACCGCCGGCUGUUGGUAAUGGAAUCGGUUGGGGUCUCGAAAAUAGAGCAACAUACAUACGAGAAAACGGGUUAAUAAUACAUGACAAUGAGCUAGUCGAAUGUAUUCAUUGUUAUAAAGCAACACUAUAGAUGCAUGUACAUGACAAAUAACUGUACCAAUAUAGAUAUUUAAAAAAAGAUUCAUGUUGUUAUAUUUUCUGUAAUGAAGUCAGUUUUUU